AUGUCCUUCAUUUGGGGGAAUGCCAUACCUCCUAGAGUCCAAUUUUUUGGAUGGUUAGCAUGGAAUGGUAGAAUCAAAGUCGUUGAUUUGCUACCGAAAUUUGGUAUUCUUAAUAACCCGAAUUUGAGUGUCAGUCAUUUCUGCAGAUCAGAUACUGAAACAGUGGACCACAUUCUGCUUUCCAGUAAUAGAGUUUGGAAGGCUUGGGUGGUUUGUCUUGACUGGUGGGAUGGAAAUAGAGUAAGAAAAAAAGAUAAGGCCAUUUGGGCAGCAAUAUUUUUCGCAGUUCUAUGGUCAACCUGGUUAGCCAGGAACCAAAUGGUUUUCCAGAAUUUGCAACCUGAUUGGGAUUCCAUCCUCGAUCUUACAAAGAUAAGAGUGGCAUUUUGCGUCAAGGCAAAAACAAAUCUCAUGGAGUACUUAUUAAUGACUUUGUCUACCAUCUGCAGCAAAUUAGAUUGGGCUGUUCGUGAUUCUGUUUUUGACUUAUUUGGAUUUUGGUGUGGAAUAUGCUCUGUUUUUGGUGUCAGGUAG